AUGGUCAAACGCAAAUACAGUGACGAAGAGGAAUUCGACGUCCACCCUCAACCAGCAGUGAAGCGAAUUGCGAUUCGCACGGAAUUUCCAGCGCAGGGUCAGAUGGACGUGGAGAUGGACGACAUGCAGUCCGGCAUCUCCCCUCAUGACAGCGAGCGGUCGUCGCCCAUGUUCACCGGUCAGUCUUCUAUCCAUCUUGCUUUGUCCCGUGCCUCUCGAUCGCAGAGGGGGCCCAGGGCUUAUCCUCCAACGAGCCAGACUCUGUACCCGUUCCCGGUCAAGCGCGACGACAUGGACUGCGAGGACACCUUUUCGAACUCGCCUGGGUCCUCGAGUCCCAUCAACCGAGCGUCCACGGAUCCAGUUCACGGUCACGUGACGAACAACCGCCAUCCCUCGAAUGCCUCGAGCAUCGCGGCGCUCCAGCCUAGAACCAGGAAUACUUCUUGCGCUUGCCCCCAAAUUCCCAAGCUCAUUCUCGCUCAAUAUGCAAACGAAGAGGGCAAGCGCACAAUGUGGUCGCAUUGUGAAGGAUGCGGCGCCAUGGACAUGGUCCUUGGCUGCGAUGGCCAACCCACUGUCCUCUUUUUCUCCAACCCGACUACCACCUGA